GGGUGAUGCUGAGAGCUGCCUGCUCAGACAACAGACACGCGAGGUCAGGAAGAAGCCGCUUAUAAAUUACUGCUUGCUUCGCGCCGCCGCCAGCGCCGAGCUUCGGGCCCUGGUCGCAGUCCGGCUCGCUUGCCGUCGCCGAGCCCUGAGGACUGCGAGCUCGGACACCCGGCCACACCGAGGAGCGCGGAGCGCGGACCCCGCGGGCCAGAGACCCAGCCGGCGGGCAGUCCCUGGCGAGUGGAAGGGAGUGCAGCGCCGCGGCCGCCCCAGGUCCAGAGCAGCAGCCCUUUCUGAGGAGCCUCCAAACAAAUCGAGGAGGAGAUGGCCACCAAGGAGAAGCUGCAGUGUCUGAAAGACUUUCACAAGGACAUCCUGAAGCCGUCCCCCGGGAAGAGCCCGGGCACGCGGCCCGAGGACGAGGCUGAGGGGAAGCCCCCGCAGAGGGAGAAGUGGUCCAGCAAGAUCGACUUUGUGCUCUCCGUGGCUGGUGGCUUCGUCGGUUUGGGCAAUGUCUGGCGUUUUCCAUACCUCUGCUACAAAAAUGGUGGAGGUGCAUUUCUCAUACCGUAUUUUAUUUUCCUGUUUGGGGGCGGCCUGCCUGUGUUUUUCCUGGAGGUAAUCAUAGGCCAGUACACCUCUGAAGGGGGCAUCACCUGCUGGGAAAAGAUCUGCCCCUUGUUCUCUGGCAUCGGCUACGCCUCCAUUGUGAUCGUGUCCCUCCUGAAUGUAUACUACAUCAUCAUCUUGGCCUGGGCCACCUACUACCUGUUCCAGUCCUUCCAGUCGGAGCUGCCCUGGGCGCACUGCAACCAUACCUGGAACACACCCUACUGCAUGGAGGACACGAUGCGCAAGAACAAGAGCCUGUGGCUCACUCUCAACACCAGCAACUUCACCUCCCCUGUCACCGAAUUCUGGGAGCGCAACGUGCUGAGCUUGUCUUCUGGAAUCAACAGCCCCGGCUCACUGAAGUGGGACCUUGCUCUCUGCCUUCUUUUCGUGUGGUUGGUCUGUUUCUUCUGCAUCUGGAAAGGCGUCAAGUCCACGGGGAAAGUUGUCUAUUUCACGGCCACUUUCCCGUUUGCUAUGCUGCUGGUGCUGCUGGUUCGUGGGCUGACGCUGCCUGGGGCAGGCGCAGGCAUCAAGUUCUACCUGUACCCUGAUAUCAGUCGCCUAAAGGACCCACAGGUCUGGAUUGAUGCUGGGACCCAGAUAUUCUUCUCCUAUGCCAUCUGCCUGGGAGCCAUGACCUCACUGGGGAGCUACAACAAGUACAAGUACAACUCGUACAGGGACUGUAUGCUGCUGGGAUGCCUGAACAGUGGUACCAGUUUUGUGUCUGGCUUCGCAAUUUUUUCCAUCCUGGGCUUCAUGGCACAAGAGCAAGGGGUGGACAUUGCUGAUGUGGCUGAGUCAGGUCCCGGCCUGGCCUUCAUUGCCUACCCAAAAGCUGUGACUAUGAUGCCGCUGCCCACUUUUUGGUCCAUUCUCUUUUUUAUUAUGCUUCUCUUGCUUGGACUGGAUAGCCAGUUUGUUGAAGUUGAAGGACAGAUCACAUCCUUGGUUGAUCUUUACCCAUCCUUCCUAAGGAAGGGUUUCCGUCGGGAAAUCUUCAUCGCCUUGAUAUGUAGCAUCAGCUACCUGCUGGGGCUGACGAUGGUGACGGAGGGUGGCAUGUAUGUGUUUCAACUCUUUGACUACUAUGCAGCUAGCGGUGUAUGCCUCUUGUGGGUUGCAUUCUUUGAAUGUUUCGUUGUUGCCUGGAUAUAUGGCGGUGAUAACUUGUAUGACGGCAUUGAGGACAUGAUCGGCUACCGGCCUGGGCCAUGGAUGAAGUACAGCUGGGCCGUGGUCACUCCAGUUCUCUGUGUUGGAUGUUUCAUUUUCUCUCUCGUCAAGUACAUACCCCUGACCUACAACAAAGUGUACGUGUACCCCACCUGGGCCAUCGGGCUGGGCUGGUGUCUCGCCCUGUCCUCCAUGGUGUGUGUCCCCUUGGUCAUGGUCAUCCGCCUCUGCCAGACGGAAGGGCCGUUCCUCGUGAGACUCAAGUACCUGCUGACCCCGAGGGAGCCCAACCGCUGGGCUGUGGAUCGAGACGGGGCCGCACUCUACAGCUCCCACUCGACCAUGAACGGCACUCUCAUGAAGCCCACCCACAUCAUCGUGGAGACCAUGAUGUGAGCUCUCUCGGGCCGACGGCUGCUUUCCUGCUGUUUACUAACAUUAGAUUCUCAUAGGACCAGGUUUACAGAGCUUUAUAUUUGCACUAGGAUUUUUUUUUAAUUGUCACAGAAAAUAUUACUGUGUAUGUGUGUGUGUGUGUGUGUGUGUGUGGUGUCGUGUGUGUGUAUGUGUGUGUGUAUUUUGUGUUGAUUUGGGGAUAUUUUGUACAAAAAACAAAAACAAACAAAAAAAAAAAUACAACAACCCAUGGGCAGAAGUCCGGGGCAAGGCAGAGCUUUCAUACUGAAUUAGAUGUAUUUUAUGGGAACUGGUAAAUUUUUCUUUGUAUUUUUUUUUUUUACAUAUAAUUAUAUGUACACUUAGAGAUUGUCAUACACUUUUACCACUUGAAUUGAUCUUGCCAGCAAUAGAUCUCGUUUUCAAAAGCAAUUCUUUGGUGCUUGUGUAGCUGGCAGAAAGUUCUGCCCCCUCCCUGCCCCCCCUCCCCCCAAAUAAAACAACGCAGGGUGGAAUUUUCCUGGGACAGCCAACCCAUUUUAAAGGUGUAGUACCUCCCAGACCUGGUUCAAGUCGAAGCAGGGAGAGGGCCCCACCCGCUGGCCAGGCCCACAGGGGCCUGAGAAAGGAGGGCUGUGAGGAGUCGGCUCAGGACACUUGUAAACAGGAAGAGAGAUGCCAAAAUGCUGAACCAGCCCCUCAAAUAAAGGCACUGACUGAAAGCUGACAGGUGAGGCCUGAUAGCAAAAAACAGAACCCCGCCUUUUAUUUUGAGGUCAGUGUAUUUGGUGAGGGACGAGGGGUGAGCGAGUGGACCAAAGAAAGUGGCCCAGGGUUCGGGUGGCCCGGUGUUGGGGAGGGGUGCUUUCCCUCAUCUCUCCACCCUCACCUCCCAGAGGCCGGAGAAGCUCCUGGCACCGCUGGUUAAGACCCCAGCCCAGGCCCACGCAGGCUCCUCGCGGGGAGAACCAAGAGCGUCCCGGGGCCUUUAGCGAACGCUCGAAUCCAGUAAAGUGCUCUCAGAACUCUUCCUCCCAGUUUAGUCACAAGUGCGACGCUGGGUAGACCCCGGGCGGCCGUAAAACUCCCCCCUCCCCGCCCCCCACAGUUCCUGGUGUCAGAUAUGCACUAUAUGGGACCGAGAGGGGGCCGUGGGGGGGCGUUUUCUAGGAAGUGGGGUUGUUCGGGGGGCUGGCACCCCAGAACUGGCUCGACCAAGAAUGGCGUCCUCUCUGAACCAGCAGGGAAGGUACUCACCUUUAACAUCCCGGGUGUGGACACACCUCCACCCUGGCCCCCAUUUGGACCUAAACUGUGCCAUUUUAAAGUCACUUCCAAGUUCAGUCUAAACUAAACCGAAACGUCACAAACGGCAGUGACUGCCUAGCAGGGGGGUGGAGGGUGGAGAUUCAGAGCAGGGGCUCUCUGAAUCCUGGAACCCCCUCCCCCAAUCCGAGAGAGGGAGGAGGCUUAGCUGUCCCCCUCCCCAGGGGCAGAGGCCACACUGAACCUCUUGUCUUGGUAAACUUUCACAUUUCGCUGUUUCCAAAGCAUCUGCUCUGCCAAACAACACCUAUUCCAGGCCGUUCCGUUCCGACGUGUUCCUGUUUUCCUAUGUGUCGAUGGUUGCUGCUGUGUCUGAUUGGACUUUGUUGGUUUCCCCCCCCCCCCCCCUAAUUUUACUGAGUAGCAAUGUGACCUGUUUUCCUGUCUUAUGGAACUUUAGUAAACUAACCACUGUCAGCGAUUGGGGACAGGUGAUCAUGGAGCGAGGAGGGCUUGGCACGCUGUGGCUACCUGGGCACCUGUGGUCAUUUCAGGCUACACACAUCUCCCCUCUGGGGCUCAGAUCCCCAGGGAAAGGCCGCAGGGUGGCAGGCAAAUUGCAACAUCCUGGAAAGGGCCCGAGGAAGGCCUCUCCUUGUCAGAUUCCCAGACCAAAUUCCAGACCAAAGACACAUGCAGACCAAGUCCCGAGGUGCCAGCUGGGUGGAAGGUCAGCCACGUUCCCCAAGCCCACCCCUCACACCUCCCUGGGCACCCGUCUCCAAUCGCGACCCUCGUGUCUGCCCCCCUAGCUCUGGUGUAUCCGCAGAACUUGGCUCUAUGAGUACAAUGUGGAACAACGCGCGGCUUCUCUAUGUCUCCACAUAAAGGAAACUCCUUGGCACUCA